CACCGGCCCUUCCUCCUCCUCCUACUCGUCACCCACCUCCCCGCUCUCCCUCAGUCUCUCUUCCCUCCCUUUCAGCUCUUGAAGCUAACGUAUUGGCUGGGCUUCCAGGCGCCGCGUUGCCAAAUAGGUGGGCCUUACUCGUGCUGGCAAAGGCUCAAGCAAUGGUUGGGGAAAGAGCGCGGCGAGGACGAGAGACAGCGAACGAGAGAACAGAAAGAGAGAGAGUUGGAGAGAAAAGGGGGGAAAAAAGAAGCGGCACUCGGCUUUGCCAGCGGUCGUAUGCGCUCGUCCAACAUUGAUUCGGCUCUCUAUUCCCCCACCCCCCCACCUCUAUUCUGUGCUCUGCCCCCCUGCCUCUCUGUGCGUGUGUGUGUGUGCGCGCACGUGUGUGUGUGUAUGUGUGUGAACCUUGCACCGGGCCCUGGGAUCAGAACAGACACCACUACCAAUUACUCCUUGCCAAGGAUUUUUUUUAUUCAAGGUUUUUUUUUUUUUUUUUUUUACUUUUUUUGGAUGCACCACGGAUGGUUUGAUUUUUAAGUGCAUCAUCUCUGUUCUUUUUUUUUUAACCCCACAGUGCAAUACUGUUAAUUCUAUUUUUUACUGGACAAUCCUUUUUGACAUUUUCGGCGUAUUGCGGUGAAACCUGAACUUUUUGCCCUGCUGAUUUUUUUUUUGCUUUUAAAUUCAAACCCGCGGCUUAUUCUGCUAAUAGUUUUUGACAUCUCCUCAAUUUUUUUUUGCUCUCUCCAUUAAUUCUCCAGUCUUUGCCAAACCAGCACUUGCUUUACAUUGGGGAGCGCAGAAGGAAAAAAAAAAAAAAAAAAACUGUUGCAGGAGAUUUUUUUUUUUUCACUUUAAAAGCUGUGCCAAAUUUAUGAUGAGAGUGCAAAAUGGAUGAAUUUCAUCCCUUCAUUGAGGCCCUCCUCCCCCAUGUCCGUGCCUUCUCGUACACCUGGUUCAACCUGCAGGCCCGUAAGCGCAAGUACUUCAAGAAGCAUGAAAAGAGGAUGACCAAGGAUGAGGAACGCGCGGUGAAGGACGAGCUGCUGGGGGAGAAGCCAGAGAUCAAGCAGAAAUGGGCCUCGCGCCUGCUUGCCAAGCUCCGCAAGGACAUCCGGCCCGAGUUCCGUGAGGACUUUGUGCUCACCAUCACAGGGAAGAAGCCGCCAUGCUGUGUGCUGUCCAACCCCGACCAGAAAGGCAAGAUCCGCCGCAUCGACUGCCUCCGUCAGGCCGACAAGGUGUGGCGGCUGGACCUGGUGAUGGUCAUCCUGUUCAAGGGCAGCCCGUUGGAGAGCACGGACGGGGAGCGGCUGGUCAAGUCGCCCCAGUGCUCCAACCAUGGCCUGUGUGUCCAGCCGCACCACAUUGGAGUGACGGUCAAGGAGCUGGACCUCUACCUGGCCUACUUUGUCCACACACCAGAACAAUCAGGACAAUCAGACAACUCCAACCAGCAAGGGGAGACAGAUGUCAAGCCCCCGCCGAAUGGCCACUUGAGUUUCCAGGACUGCUUUGUGACUUCAGGCGUGUGGAACGUAGCGGAGCUGGUCCGUGUGUCACAGACCCCAGUAGCUACAGCGACUGGCCCAAACUUCUCCCUCGCCGACCUGGACAGCCCCGGGUACUACAACAUCAACCAGGUGACCCUGGGACGGCGUUCCAUCACCUCUACUCCCUCCACCAGGACUGAAAUGGAGCUUUAUGCAAGUCUCCCACGGAGCUCGAACAAGCGCAAGUCCAUUGACGACAGUGAGAUGGAGAGCCCAGUGGAUGAUGUCUUCUACUCGGGCCGUUCGCCAGCGGCCGGCAGCAGCUCACAGUCCAGUGGUUGGCCCAAUGAUGUCGAUGCAGUGCAGCACCAUUUGGCCAGUGUGCAGGAGAGGAAGAUUAAGCAUGAGAGCGAUGGAGUGCAGUUUCCUUACCAUGGACUGUCAUCGCCUGGUUCUCUUAAGAAGCCGGGGAAAUUCGAUUUCAGCGCACUCUCCUCCCAGACGAGGUCCCCCCGCAUGGCGUUCACCCACCAUCUGCCAAUGCUGGCGGGAGUGAGACCAGGGAGUCCCCGUGCUUCUGCCUCGGCCCUGCACUUCCCAUCGCCCUCCAUCAUCCAGCAGUCAAGCCCCUACUUCACCCACCCGACCAUCCGCUACCACCACCACCCUGGACAGGAUCCCCUGAAGGAGUUUGUGCAGUUUGUCUGUGCUGAUGGCCCAGGGCAGGCCGCCGGACAGCCAAACGGGAGCGGCCAGAGCAAAAUGCCAGGCUCCUUCUUGCUGCCUCCACCUCCCCCAGUGGCCCGCCCAGUGCCCCUCCCUAUGCCCGACUCUAAACCCAACAGCACGCCCCCUGACGGCGGACUCUCCUCGCCCGCAUCUCCGUCAUACUCCACGCCAGGCGCCACAGCUCCCAACAGGUUUGUCGGCAUCGGAUCACGGGACAACAACUUUCUGAACAUCCCGCAGCAGACACAGUCUUGGUUCCUCUGACAAGAUCUGUGCACGAACCAGCAACGAGAAUUAUUUCUUUACAAUCACAAAUAGAUUAUAAUUGUCCUCCAAUCACAACACAGUACAGUGACGGGCCAUUACAGUGCAUCUCACCGACCUAAGCCAAAACACAGAGAAAACACCGCAGGAAAUUUCAGCAGCACUUAGAGGAACUCCGGACUCAUUGUAUUCAGUCAGAGGAAGGAGCCAUAUGGAGCAAAGAACGCUCGAUGGAAAGAUGAUGGCAUGGACAAGAGGAGGACAAGAGAGCGAAGGGUAAGGUGACAAAUGGCAGCAAGCAGCUCGGAGGGAUGUCUCCUGAAAAAUCAGCACAACGUGACAGCGACGCAGGACGAGCCUGAGGAGAACUUUGUAAGGAUGCAGUGGCUACAAAAAUCAGCAACAUUUGAGCAGAACCCACGAUGAAAUAUAGAUUCCCAGUGAAAGCUGCAGUCCAUACUCCACGCAAAACCGUUUCCCUCCCAGAACGACCACUGACUCUACAAAGGCCCCUUCAACCCUCCAACUAACUAAAGAGACACCAUGCCAAAAUAUAGCGUGUAGGCUCGCACCUACAGGCUCAAUCAAUUAACAUGAAUCCUAUCGAUGUGCACUAAUUACACACAAGGCAUGGCGGCCAAAAGCUUGGCCGAUGAUAAGAGUUUUAAAGAGGAAAAGGCACAAGAGGCCCCAAAGUCGAGACCCAUCACAUCUGCCCACACUUUGAAAACAGGAAGUCCAGUCAGACACAACCUGUGCCAUGAACGCAGCAUUUGUACACAGUUGUAAACACACCGUGUUGUGUUUCUAGAAGGUGUGUUGUGUAGUUACAAAGCAAGCCCAGUGAACCGUCACUACCUAUUUGGUUAGCAAUAUACAACCAACACUGUAAAAUCAGUGUGCACCAAUAUAGAUAGCAGCUAUUCACCCUCCUCCCCUCUUGUAAAGUAGGUGAUUACAUUUGGUAUCUCGUGCAUGUUCUCUUAUUUGAAUUCCUUUUGGAUUUGUACUAUUUUAUAAUUGUUUUAUAUUUGAAUGACAGCACCUUAUAAAGAAAUACCGUAGGAUGUUGCAAGGUGGUUAGCGAAACCCAUGGUCAUGUAUGGAAAACAUAGAAGAAAACAAUUCAAACAUUUUAGGGAUAUUUUUGUUUCCCUUCCAAGAUUUUAAAGAUUGAUUCUGUUAGGCUGGCCCUGAGCCUACAAGAACCUGUGUAGCUCUCUGAUUGGUUGAAUGCAUUCAGCGUGGCAAGCUAGCGUUUUAUAGGCAGGGAGGGUCCCACAUGAGAAAUCUAAAAAACAGAAAAUGUGGCUCUUGUGCGUUUCAGAGGUACAACGAAGCCUCUUUUGUCGCCUUCCCAAGGAGCCAGUUGUUUCUUUCCAGUUUCCAGCAUUUUUACCUGAUAAGAAAAAGUAAAGAAACUAGGGAUGUCCCGAUGCAAAUUUCUUGACUUCCGAUCCGAUCCGAUUUUUUUUUGUCUUGCCGAUUUGAUCUGGUACCGAUCCUUGUUUCUUCUUUUUUUUUUAAAUAAUAAGCUUUUGUUACAAACACGAAAUUGUGGGAUUGAAUAUGGUUAUGAACACAGCUCUUCAAAGCAUUAAAAAUAAUGCAGCCAAAUAGAACGUAUUAUACAGCAUGACCAACAAUAUUGUUUGGCUUUUGGAACAAACCUUUGUGAGCCAGGUCCCUAAUCCAAUAAAAGUCCAUCCAAUAAAAGACAAAAUUGGGAAUAAAUGGGUGUGCAAAAUACCUUUAGGGUAGGGCUAAUCAUUUGACAUGGGUAUAGUUCAAUUUGUGGUGUGAUUUAUUGACGGCCCCUAGUAUAAACAACCAGCGGUUACAGCGGCAUUGGCGGAGCCAGAAGUUUUUCAUUGGGGUGGCCAAGGUGAGACCAUUACUCACAUAGGCGGGGCAAUAAGUUGACACCUGAAAUGUCUAGAUGGCCAGUGGGGUCGCCAGAGUGACCAAUGGUGGCCACGGAGCUCCGCCACUGUAUAGCGCCACUUCCCGUGACACACCAGUCCGGGAACAGUGAGGGGGGAAAACUACCGCUGUAGCUACGGAGCAGAAUAUCCAACGUCCAACUGAAACUAACUUCACCACGGUACACCGCGGACAUGUCUGCAUUUCUGGUGUUGCAUUUUCUUCUUUUUGCGGGUGGCGAGAGUCGAGUGUGGCCCAGAGUUACGAACGCUAACGCUUACAAACGGAUCGGCCCGAUCUCUUGAUGGAAGCCGAUAUUAUCCGAUCUUCAAAAUACAGCGGAUCGGCAGCCAAUCGGGACAUCCCAAUCUAGGACAGUUCCUUAUUCCUCAGUGCCAAACACACAGGGUUCAUAUAAAGGCUUAGACUUUUUUUUUUCGAUUUUUGAGGGUUGAUUGUUUCUCAUGUGUGAAACAGCCCUGAUUUUUAAAUUAAAAAUAGGGACGGGCAUUUGACUCAAUUUCAAUCGACUCAAUUAAUUCAUAUUUUUAUGUGGAGAAAAGAAACUUGGCCUUUCCUCAGAGUCAUUUCAUUUUGCUAAUUAUGAACUACAGUGGAACCCGUUUACGUCGACAACUCAUCUACCAACUCAUCAAGUCCUGGUCCUUGCGUUCUUAUUAUAACUAAAAAGUGCCCCCUUAAGUCGGAGUCAACAUACAUGAUUGACCGCUUUUGUCGACAUCAAAUUUGAGUCACUUGGGUCUUUUCUAUUGAAAAUCGAUCCGUUUAUGUCGACGUGUUUGCUCCAGCGGAACCCGUUUAAGUUCACUCAUCAAGUCCUAGCCCACCAUGUUCUUUUACUGAAAAGUGCCCACUUAAGUUUAUGUCGACGGCUUUUGUCAACAGAAAAUUGGAGACCCAAAGGGGUCAUUUGUAUUGAAAAACAGUCCUUUUAUGUCAACAUGGUAUUUGCUGCAGUGGAACCCGUUUGUGUUGACAACCUGUCUACCAACUCAAGUCCUGGUCCACCGUGUUCUUAUUCCUAAAAAGCAUCAACAUUUUGUCAACAAUUUGACCUCCAGAGGGGUCAUUUCUAUUGAAAAUCGGUCCUGUUAUGUUGACAUGUGUUGUAGUAUUAUCCGCCUCAUCAUUAUUGCUAAGCGAGCAUCCAAACGUGCACACAUUGGCUUCCUGUUCAGUCCAAAGUAAGUUUCAAAAUAAAGGCAAGACAGUAUUAACCUGGAUUCUACCACAGCAUCUACCAAUUUUUUUUAGAUUGUUAGCCGCCAGAAAAAAGAUUUACAAAAGCAUGGGUCCAACGUGGUCAAAGCUAUAUUCGGUUAUGUCGAAAACCGCUUAUGUUGACAUGAGUCAUCCAACCUGAGGGGUGUAAACUUAAACGAGUUCCACUGUCUUGCCAUCGCAGAGGUCUGCAUGGAUCAUCUUCUAUCGGACACAAGCUAGCUGAGACUGACUCAACAGCACCUCUGUUGGUUGCAGCCAAGUAGUGCACUCCAUUCUCACCUCACUUGCUUCAAGACAUGAUUAAUCGACAAUGAAUUGCCAGGAAUCUUAAGGAGCAGUUCAUCAAUUAUGCCCAUCCCUACUCACACCAAUUAAUCAGCAAGCAUCAUCUGUCGCAGUUGCGUUUACCGACCACUUUGAAUCCUUGAUUUUUACCCUCCAUAAACUGUAUGAACCCUGCAAACGUAAAGGUGGCAACUGAAAGAGUACAAACCAGACGUUUUUGACAAUCAAAGGAAAAGGUAUUUCCUGGGAAGUUGUUUGGCGAGCCACACCAGUCAAGAAAAGUCAACUAUUUGGUGAGCCGUGCUGGCGAUGAUUCUGUACGAUAAGUGAAACGAAAGAGAUGGGAAAGGUUGCUGAAAAUGGGGAAGCUGUUCUUUUUUCUGUCUCCAUAAAAAAACUUUUAAAAAAAGUUUACCUGUUGUUUACACUCCCAGACGGACCGCCGCUCCAAGAGCGGAGGGAACCACGCUGCGGAGCAAAAUGAAUAUGUGACAUAUCGGUCUCUUUUCAGUCGCUUUUUUUUUUUUAAAGGAUAAAGAGAAAUGGGAUGUAGUGAAAAGGAUGGCGGCUCUGGUAAUCUCAGCCCUUGUAGUGGGAAUCGAUGAGCCCCGAUUGAUCAAAAAUGCACUAAAACGAUCACGCCAGCCAAACUUUUUCAUUUCUAAAUCAGUGUUGACACGUGUCUUGCACACACACACACGCCCUGCCCAACUGAACUCAAAGAGGAAGGAAGUCUUAAACGUCGACAAUCUGACGAGGCCUUGAUGCUCAUAAUCCUUUUAUGUGAACGCCGCUUAGUUUCUGAUGGGACGUUCCAUUCGAAGCACUCACUCGAAAACCUCACAAAAUAACUGGACUGCCUGGCCACGUUCCUCACUGCAGGGAAGCUCCACAGUCGGCCACGCAUCUCCUCAGCCUCAUUAGAUUGAGCGAGCUCUGCUGACUUCACGGCGGCUUCGGUGGUUUCUUUUCUAAUCUAAAGGAAGUGCCUCUGUAUUCCCAUUAUGCAAUUUGUCAAACAUGAAUUCAGGUUCUUUUUUUCCACAUAUAAGCUAUAGUGAAUGGUGGAGCGGGGGGUGGGGGGGUGGGGAAACUAUGUCAGGAGAAGGGGAGAUUAAAAACAGCUCACUAGAUAAGCAAGCAUCUUUAUAUAUACAGUAAUACACAUAUAUAUUUAUAGCUACAGUAUAUCAGUUUGUUUUUAUUUGCAAUAUAAGCUCAGUGGCAGUCUAGUUAUUUUUUGAAACAUGGCAGUCAUAGGUUGGAUCUCAGAAACAGCAGAUUGGAGCUACGGUAGCAGCCUCUAAAUUGCUCAACACGGCCGGAGAAACGAGGAAAAUCCACGGCAAACAACAACAAAAAAAAUGUUUAAAAAUCAGAUAGUGUAGAUGUAAAAAAAACAAAAAAAACCAACAGAAGAUCAACUCAUGUUUAGUUGUUUUCUUUCUUGUUCGGAUGGGAAGUAUUGUAAUUGAAACGCAAUGAUGUGUGUUGAUUGAGCCAUGUGCAAUGCCUUGGUAGAGGAUUUGUGUUUCUUUGUUCGUGAUUAAGGGUGUUGCGAGAAGAGAGGGGAUACCCUCUUGCUCUCUUUUUUCUUUUUUUUCCCCUUUUUUUUGUUUUCUGUUUGUGUUACUUGUGUUUCAAGUCCGUAGACUCUGGGACUCUAAAUAUAAGAGUGGAGAAAAAAAAUCCAACUCAUUGUAAGUAAGUUUCGGGGGAAUUGUUCCUUUGGUCUUUGUUUUAUAAGAAAAACUUUAUUUCUAAUCAUUUGUUUAAAACACGUGGGAGGGCUGAAGGAACAAUUUUGCAACUCAGAAAAUAUAUAUCACUUUGAAAACUGGUGCUUUCUUUCCGAGAAGUAUUAGGGCCACACAGAAAAAAAAUAAAGUCAAAAUAUUAGAAAAACAUUCCUAAUUCUAAUUCCCAAUAUGACAACUUAUUUCUCCAAAAAAUAUGCCUUGAUUUUCAUAAAAUUGAAUUUUUUUUAACCAAAAAACAUUUUUUUCUCAUAAUAUUCGUAUAAUGAAAAUGACUUCUAUAAUACAGUAGAUCCCUGCUUGUCACGUUACAUUUCAGGCGAAUGGCGAAAAACUGCAAGUAAUUACUGCACACACAAAAACUUUAACCCCGGUUUAACCCUCCGUCUAAUUUGACGGAGACGUUCUCCAAUUUCACAUUAACAUUUGCAAUAAGUUUGACCGUUGUAAUUAUUACAUUUGAUUCAGCACGAGAACCCUCCUCUUCUCUCUUUGAGUUCCUUGUGACACAAUCCAGGUUUAAACCAUAAAUAUGCCCGCGAUGAACAGAUGGAAUCGGAGUGAUGGUGUAGCCAGUCGCAGCACACAAAUAUGGUGCGUUCAAGGAAUGAAAAAACAUUAACGGUGAAGCAUAAAGAUAUAAACAUGUAAGGAUUGUGUGGGUUUUUUUAAACAGUGGCACAUGUAUGCUGUACAUUUUAUCUGUAUUAUCAUAUAUUUAGAAAUUAUUACCGACUUGCGGUGGUUGUGAUGUGUUUCUGCGGGGGGAAAAAACUGAGACACAUUUUUGGAGAAAAUAAAUACAAAUAUUAUAAAUUCCAGUGUAUAAGCUGCACCCACUAAAUUUAGAGGAAAAAACAGAUUUGUACAUACAUAAGCCGUACCGGUGUAUAAGCCGCACGUGUGCACAUUAUAAAAUGGCGUAUUGUGGCGUGCACCGGUCUGUGAGAACCAGGCAGCUCUUUGAAAGGAGCCAAUCAUGAGCUAUGAAAAAAACUUAUGAUGAGCUUGUCAACCUAUUGGAAAUUGCAGGAGGUCAUUAACAAUACAACAGUCUGACUCCGUGUCAUCUUACAAACGACAUUAAACUAAUCACACAGCAAAUAACACUCAAACGUUACACCUCUGAAAUAUACAAAUAUGUACCAAUACAAGUUCAAAGUGGAAAAAAGCCAACAUUUAAAAUUUUCCCAUAAUGCAUUUUGUUUGAGAAAACCAUUUCAUUGGAGGAGCAUAGAAAGCAUAGCACAAUGCUGCCUCUGUCCACCAGAGGGAGGCUGACGUCAUUGCAGCGCCCCGAUGAAUGCGUUGCUCAGACGCAUUGCAUUAUGGGAAAACAUUAAAAUGUUGGGUUGGUUUCAUUUUGAACUCGUAUUGGUACAUGUUUGUAUAUUUGUCAAGUAUACCCUUUGAGUAUUAAGUUGCUGUGUGAUGAAUUUAGUGUUAGUAAAGUGUUCUUUGAAAGAUUACCCCAUUUGUCAGACUGUUAUAUUGAGUAAUGACCCCCUGCAAUUUCCAGUGGGUUGACGAGCUCGAGCUACCAGUGCACUUACACACUGAUUGACUCCUGCCAAAGAAAGAGCUACCGUUUCCUCACUGACUCGUGUGCGGCACGACAGUUAGUAUUAGUUUUGAAGUAAAGGAGAUGUCACGAGAUUAGAAUUUAGCCAUAAAUUAACCGCACCGCUGGGCUCAAAGUUUAAGAAAAAAGUAGUGGCUUUCACACCGCAAUUUACGGUAAAAAAGUAUUUUUUUCCCCAAAAAAUCCGGAAAUUUGCAGGGCCCUGGCUGUUGAAUCGUGAAUGUGUGGAGAUCUAACUGGAUUAUGAUUUUAUUCUCAUCAAAUGAUUGGCUCUUUUUUUCUUUUUUUUUUUUUUUACUCUGUGUGGCCCAGAUACUCCUUCAUGCUUUCUAAAGGCUAAAGUGCAGUCCAUCUAUUAUACAUACAGUCAAUCCAAUAGCAGUACACACAAUUAUCAUAAAAGCAAAUUUUAGGAAAACAUACAUUAAUCUGUCUUUUUGUAUUUACUGAGAGGGGGGAGGGGUUCACUGUGUGAAAAAAGGUUGUUGUGACAAAAGGCAUUUUUCCUCCUCAUGAACUAACACCACGUGGAUUGUAUCAUCUUAUAUCCAAAUACGGGACAUAGACAAAAUCUUCUCACUUUGGGAGAUGCACACAAAGACCAUGAAUGAUGAGUCUCCUGGUCUGGCAAGAUGGGAUUUUUGUUUUUAUUUGAUGUAAAAAUUCCGUCAGAAGUUUGCAUCUUUGCUCUGAGUGGUGCUGUCACCCAUUGAAAUGAGCCCCACACGUCCCCCAUCUCCCCCCACCACCCCUUCGCUCUAUAAUCCCAACAUUUCCCUUUUGUAAAUGACUAUAAAUAUUUGUUUGGUGAUGUAGUGUUCUAGACUGAGAGCAUCUUAAAGGUCAUCCCUAAAAAAAAAAAAAAAAGUGCCUUUUGUUCACAGAUUCCAUCUUGUAUACUCCUGAGUGCCCAUCUCAAAUAAGGAAAAAAGAAAAAAAGUCCCCCCCUUCAUCCUUCUAUAUCCACUUGUUUCUCUUCUUCUCCUUUUUAAAUCAGUAUACAUCGUACUAAAGGCAACUGGUGUGAUUUAGUUCCUAUUUUUAUUGUUGAAUAAUUAAAAAAAAAAAAGCAGAAAAAGCAACAAAAAACAAAACAAAAAAAAGCUUCUUUUUCCUCUGUAUCUUGUCUUCUGUCUAUCUCGGACACUGGAGUAGUCUGUAGCUGCCCCCCCUCCCCUACCCUCCCCUCCCCUCCCGCUUUCUUUUUUUUUCCCCUUUUCUCUGAAUGGUGGGGUUUAAAAAAAAAAAAACAAACAAAACAAACAAAAAAAAAGACACCUUUUAUUUUGUCUGAGCAGAAUGCAGUUAGCACACAUGUUAUUCUUGUCUGUACGCUUCACAUUGUAUUACCAUUACCCAUCUUCUUCAGCUUCUCCAUUCAACAGCUAAUGUAAGUGAACAAGUUACACCAGCGGGCUCUGGGCUGCGUUGAGGAUAAUUAUGGGGGAGGGGGGGAGGGGGCAGAGAGGCCACAAGCACUCAUUGGGUUUAAAUGAGGGAGAGCCAGUGCUGUAGAACUGCUAGUGUAGGCAGGUUAGUUUGUAAUCCUUGUUUGUGUCUAUUUAUUAUUUUUAUAAUUACAUUUGGACUUGCUUAUUGAUUUUCUUUUUUAUUAUUAUCAUUAUUAUUAUUUUUGUCAUUGCAACUUGCAGCACUAAAACGCUGCACUCAAUUAUGCACCUUUCAAGUGGUUGAAUGAGACCCACUUUAAAACAGACAACAAAAAAAAAAGCACCUUAUAAGCAGACCGGUUCCACGGUGUCUCGGCUUAAAGGCUCAUUUUAAGCACAAAAAAACAAAAAAAAACAAAGGUCACACGCUGCCUUCCAAUAUGGACUUUCUAUAAAAUUAGCAGCAAUGUGUUCCAGACGUGUAGACCAAAGUGUUUUGUAAGACAAAAGCACCUUGGAAUCGAACCAUCAGCAGCAGUAUUAACAAGCACCAUAGCAGAGAAGCCAUAAUGGGGGAGGGACAGGUUGCACCUAAACCACCAAGAGUGCUUGUGCUCCUCAUCCCUUCAAAAGCAGCAUCCCAUCCUCACACACACUUCCAAGAGCCCCUGGUGAAAUGCAUGUGUUAAAGUUUCUUUUCCAUAAUAAGAUUUAAAAAAAACAGUUAGAAAAGAGCAACACUUGAUUGAAUAAAGAGGAUGUUCUUGACUGUA